AUGGGCAAAGCAACCUGCAACCCAGAAAAACUCCGUAACGCCGUCCGCUUCCUCCAAAAAUCCCGCACCUGCUGGAACCUCAAAGACCUCGAGAAGCAACUCGUCUCCGUGUGCUCCAUCAAUGGCAUGCAAGUUAAAGACUACCUCCAACACCUCUCCGACGAGAACCUCAUCAAAGUCGAGAAGAUCGGCAGCGGAAACUGGUACUGGUCCUUCGCGUCCGAGAACCGAAUCGCGAAGGAGACGGCCCUGGCCGCAGCGCAGAAGGAGCAUGCGAAAAUUUCCGGAGUUGUGACAGAGUUGCAGCAUAAACUUGCCUCUACUGCCGCGGCGCUGGAGGAAGAGGCUGAUGGGCAGGAUCAUUCGGGCGAGAGUCGGGAGGAGUUGAAUGCUGGGAAGGUUGUGCUGGAGGAUGAGGUUAGGAGUCUGAAGAAGGAAUUGGAGAGCUUCGCCGAAGACGACCCCACCGAACUCGAACGCAAGAAACAGGAGAGUAAGAAGUGCAUGCAAGAGGCCGAACAGGCAACCGACGAUAUCCAAUCGAUGGAGAUGUUUUUCAAGAAAGUCCAUCCGGAGGUCGUCACGCAGAUGCCGAUGGCGUAUGAGUAUGGCGAUGAGUGGGACUUGGAGGAGUAUUGUUUUAAGGAUUUGUAA